AUGACUUUUAUUUUCGCAGAUGAUGUGGGAACAUCUCGUCUACUCAGUCAAGAUAACGCAGAACUUCCGCCUCUACCGUUAGAAUUUGAAGAGGAAGAAAUCUACAUGUCCAUAGAUGAUCCUCGAGUUGGAUCUGUCGAUGAAGAGGGCAACGUACUGGUGCCAGUUGACGAGGAAGGCAGAAUUCUUCCUGGUUUUGAGCAUUUGGUUCGUCCACUCAAAGGUCCGGACCUUGAUGUACAGCCAACGAGAGAAGAUGAAGCUCGUGUGUCUGCUACUGAAGCGGAAGCAGCAGCGAGCAGGAGCGAUGACAUCGAGGCCAGCUACGAUGAGAACGCAAUUGACAUGAGCGCUGCUCUCCUACCGACUGCUAGCGACUACGUUGAUUCCAGGGAAGCCGAUUCUGAGCGGAACACUGGACAAGAAACCGUUGGGGUUGCUGUAAAGCCGGACCUCAGUGGUCUCGAAGAAGUAUUUCAAGCUGAAAAUGAUGUCGAAGAUGCCAAAGAAAAGGGGCAAAAGGCAGACGAUAAGAUUGAUCAGAUUGUUAACGAAAUGUUUGAGCUCGCUCGAGACAAGGAAUUUGAUCAGGAUAACACUCUUGAAGAUAAAGAUAGAGAAGAAGGAACGAGGAUCUCAGGACCCGGCGUGUUGAAAAUGGAUGAGGAGUUGCCUGGAGACGGAAAGGCUGGAGUGAGACCUGCCUUAGACCUUCAGGACGACAGUGAUGAAGACGAUGAUUUACCCCAGAUAGGUCUAGGAUUAGGGGCAGAAGUCGCCAAAGUAUUGCCUGUUGGCGAUGACGGAGAUGAUGCGGAAAUGACAAAUUCAAGGAUAGGAGACUUCUUAGAUGAGGGACCCAGCGAGAAAAUGGGAAGGAAACCUGCUUCGGCUGCUCUUUCGUCGACCAUUCUCAGCCUAAUUGCCACCGUCUUGUUGUGUUUGUCAAGGGUGUAA